AUGUUUGAUGCUUUAUUGAAGCCCAAAUUCUAUUCCAAAUGUAAAUCGUGCUUGAGGUUAAUAAAGACAAGGCUGGAGACUAUAAGGAAGAAAAGGAACGCAGUGCAGAAAUUUCUUAAGAAAGAUAUCGCCGAACUUCUUAGGAGUUCCCUUGAUUACAACGCAUAUGGAAGGGCUGAAGGGCUUCUCAUAGAGCAAAACAUGUCCUCUUGCUAUGAACUCGUUGCAAAGUUUGCUACUUCCAUAUCUGCUCAUGUUCGAGACCUUUAUAAGCAGAGGGAUUGCCCCGAUCAAUGCAAGGAAGCUAUACCCUCAUUGAUGUAUGCUGCAGCAAGGUUUUCUGAUCUUCCCGAACUCCGUCACCUCAGAACUUUGUUCACUCAGAAAUAUGGGAAUUCUCUUGAAACUUAUAUAAGUCAAGAGUUUGUUGAAAGGUUGAGGCAAGAUCCUCCUUCGAAAGAAAUGAAGAUCCAGUUAUUGCAUGAUUUAGCCAAAGAGUUCUCUAUAGAAUGGGAUAGCAAGGCUUUGGAGCAGAGACUUUACUCACCGCCUCAGUUGCAUCAAGAGAAGCCUAAACAUCAUGAUCUAAAUGAUUAUGAAGCUGUCCCCAAAAUAGAUGAUGAAAGAGAUACCCAAUCUCAAGGAAGGAAGAAUAUCAGGGAUGCGUCUUGGAGGCUGCAAACCAACACUGACGAUGAAACAACUACUGACAUUUCAUUCCUGGAUGACCCAAAGGCUUCUUCAAGUUCAUCAGAAAGUGUGUAUGAGGUUGAUCUAGAAAUUAAGAAGCCAUUUUCCUACAACCUUAUUCCACCACCUUAUGUCAAAGAAAAUUUGAAUAAAGGUGAAUGCAGUUUGAAGGAAACAACAGCAGCAGAAGCUCCACCUGAAAAGGAAUCAAAUCAUGAUCUUCAUGAACCAGUUGCAAAAGUAAAGCCAAUACCAAGAUCAGUCAGGCGGAGACGUCCCAACAGAGUGACAGAUUCUAAAACUCCAACAAAAGUAGAUUCAGCAGGAAUGGAAUCUGAGAAAGCAAAGCAACUUGCAGCAGACGAAGGCGAUUCAAGGGAUGAAGAAAGGAUAAUGGAUGGGCUUUUACUACAUUACAGUAAGAAACAGUCUCCUUUUGAAUCAAGCACAAGAAACCAAUAUACAAAAGCUUACCCUUUGAAAGGACUAGAAUAUGAUAAUGGAAAUAGAAAAUCAAAUUUAUGUGCACCUCUUGUUAGAGGGACAUCUCUGCCUCCGGAAGAGACAAAUAAGGUAGAAACAUUAGAAGGGCUUGGAAGAGCAACUUCCUUUGUACCAGAAAUGUUGAGGACAGUGCAUCCUACUUUACCAGAUUACGAUGACUUGCUGACUCGUCUUGCAGCUCUCAGAGGAAGAUAA